AGAAAUGUUUUCUUUGGUUUUUCAGGAAAUUCAUCGGAGAUUUUCGAACUUUCUGCUAUAGAUUCAUCGAUAUAUUCUUCGUCAAUCUUUGGAGGUUCGAUUUUUAUACUUGCCGUGCUUAUGAAUGUUUUCUUAGGACUCUCAACUUCGAUCGUUCUCUUCGUUUCAUCUUUAAUUUCUGGUUUUACCGAAUUACCAAUUUUCAAAGUCGUCAGAAAUGUUUUCUUUGGUUUAACAGAAAGUUCAUCGACGACUUUCGAAUUUUCCGCCGUAGGUUCAUCGAUAUAUUCCUCGUCAAUCUUCGUAGGUUCGAUUUUUAUACUCGUCGUGGUUACGAAAGUUUUCUUAGGACUAUCAACUUCCAUCAUUCUCUCCGUUUUUGUCGUUUUUGAUUUUGGGAUAUCGUCGAUUUUUUCUUCUUUUACGGUGUAUAAUUUUUCUUCGAAAUCGUUCGUCGAAAUUAUUUUUCGCGAUUCCUCGGUUAACGCAUUGGUCUUUAUCUUAUCAACUUCUAUUACGCCUUCUUCGAUACUCGCACUUGUCUUAUCUAACUUACUCUCAGGAAUUUGAACCUCUUUAUCAUUCGAAGGAGUUAAUUCUUUAAAAUGUGACAAAUUAACGAUCUUUUUAAUCUUUUCUUCAUCGGUGAUAUUAACAUCGGAUAUAGAAACUUUCGUUUCCUCUCUUUCGUCCUUGUCGGCAUCGUCCUUGAAUUCGUCCAAAGUUAACUCCGCACUUUCGAUACUUUCCCUUUUCUUUUCGCCAACCGUAUCGUACGGUUUCACAUCUGGCACAAGAUCGACAUCAGCGCUAACAGAGGGCUCAUCAGUUUCCGUAACCUCAGAGAUUUCUUCGACCUUCGGAACAGUAGGCAAGGACGGUUCACGGAUAUCAUUCGAAUCUAUCUCGGUUCGAGUAGGUUUCACUUUACGAUCUCUCUUUUCGAAAACGUCGCUUGGCUUUACCGUUCGAAGAGAAACGUUUGAUGCCAACUUCAUGAAGGACACAUUCUUUAGUUUAGCCUCGCUAGUCACAGUCACAUUUCCUCUCUUGUCGAUUUGUAGUUGAAGUUUUUUUUUUUUAUCCUCCUCUGAACUCUCAUCAGAGGAACUUUCAUCGUAACAGUUACAAUUUUUAAGGUUGGUACGAUCAGUUCUUUUUUUCUCUUUCGUUUUUGAUUCUAUCUGAGAACCUUUGUCAUCGCACGUGGUUUUCACCUGGUCUUUCUUUUUGUUCGAAUAAUCGUAGGUCGUUUCGGGACUACCGACAUGUGGUUUCAGUCGAAGUUUUCUUGGAGAUUUGAACGUAAUCGCGAAAGGAUCCGGAGAUUCCCGUGAUUCUAUUGUCUUUCUUUUCGAUGUUGUAAGAUCUGGAUAACCUGAAUGGCUCGAAAAAUUACCCGGUGUUUCGGUGAAUUCUCGUACGAUUCUAGAAGACAACGGUAUAGACGGUGCAACGUUGCAUCUUCUUCUUUCGAAUUCAACUUCGAUCUGUUGAAUCUUUUUCUGAACGUUACUCAAUCUGCUCUCAGCGAUGACCCGCUGAGAACGAUAAGGCGCAAAGUUCAGGUUCACUCUUUCGUCGCAUUCCUUUUGUUUUAAAAUUACAAGGAAUUCACGGAGUUCGGCAUCGGUCUUCAGAGCAAGAAUAGUUGGAUCUAUCGAAUCGGUUGCUUCUAUCUAUAUCGACGAUCAAUUUGGUAACGAUUAUUAAAGAAAUUUUGUUCGAACUAUUGUUAUUAUCUUCCUACAUAGAAAAUCGUAUAUCUUACCUCCAAGCCCUGAGUUUCCAUCAGUUUUGUAUUGAUCAGGUUUUCCACCUGUGCCUUUAGAACGUUUACUUUAAGCUGGACCAACGUUAGGAUCGGAAUUAUGUUGGCCGGUGGAUUUGCGGUCAUGUGAAGAUUUAUCAGAGCGUUCACUUGCUGAGAGUUCCUAGACUCGCCCAAUAAUUGAUCCUUGUUGAGAGCGCUGAUAGAUCUUUGAGCUCUCUCCAUGGUAUCCUCCAUCGUCGUGGUUAUAUUCGAUCCCGGUAUCUUUCUGAGAAGUAAUCGGGUAGCUGUGCAAGAAAUGAUACCUUGUAUGGACAAUAACUGAGAUGCCAAAGCUUGAAGACUGAUUGCUGAGGGACAAUUUCUUUUCGAACAGAUCGUGUCAUCUGUGGUAUUAGUACAACGAUGUUCUUCCUCGUAAUAAGAGCUAUGGGGAUAAAGUAAUGCAGGAAAUUGUUUCGGUCCUGUGAUUUCGCCAUUGCCUUUCGAAGAACAACCACAAUUCUUUUGCUGUUCGUUAGAUCGAGUUCCAUACGGAUCGAAUAAAGGAAAAGGUAUUGGAUAGGGAUAAAAGAAAGGUGGAUAGAUCGGUGAUAUAGGAGAAGGAAUAUAAUUUGAUUGUUUAUUCGAACUUGUCAAAGGAUUUAAUAUAUCAGGAGUUGGAGUUGCUUGUUGAGUAGUUGUUACCAACGGUUGCUGACAACCACCAGGAAUAAUAAAGAUCGGUGCUGUGUUAGGGAUGCAUGAACGAAUCUGAUCGAUUAUAUUUUGUGGUAGAGAUCCGCAAUUAUUCGCUUGCGUCUGCAUAGGUGACAUUGUAUUUUGACAAGGAAUCCCUUGACAGAAAUUAGUCGUAUUAUUUGGCAGUUGCGUUGUACAUGGAUAUUGUGUUGACGAAUAGUUUUCUUGUUGAUAAAAUUGACCGAACGGACCCUGCAUAUAUUGUCCUGGAGCGAAUAAGUUCCAUUCGAAUAAUCGAUCGAACGAACGAACGAACGAACGAACGAACGAACGAACGAACGAACGAGUUACGAAGAUUCCCCGAUAGAGUUACCUUGAGAAUUCCCAGGGUAGCCGGAGCAUUGCGUGCUUUGUUGAUUAUUCGUUUGCUGAUAUGUUUGAAAAUUAUUUUGAUUAGUUUGUAAAGGUACUCUUGAUUGACAAGGAUUCAUUUGCGACAUUGCAUUGCUGUCAUCUAACAUGUUAAUUAUUAAAUUGAUAAUAGAUUAAUCCUUGUCCUUUUUUUUUUGAUUGUAAUUGCAUGAAUGUUUAAUAUAUAAUGAUAGAAACAUAUCUGAUGAAUUUAUUAAAUUUACUUGUAAUUUUGAAACAUGAUUUUGUUAUAGAUAAGUUCGUGAUUUUAUCAUGAAUCUGAAGUUAACGAUUAUCGACAGUUAUAAAGAUCGAUUGGUAGUAUAACUCGAUCGUAACGGAUGAUUAACAAUAUAAAACUAAUUUUUAAGUAUUACAUAAAUAUCUCCUAAAGCUUGAUUGAUACAUCAAAAAAAGUGAUACAUUCUACGAACGUUUGUAUUGCCCCUGAAAAUAGACAAGGUCUUAUACCUCGUUGUUAAUUGGGGUUGCCGAUUUUAAAAAUCUUUACAGCCGUGUUUUAAUAGACUCUUGCGUAUUAUUAUUAAUAUAAAAGUCUUAAUCUGUGUGUUUGCAAUUUCUCAAAAAUUAUUACUAUUUAUUUGCAAUUCAAAUAAAAUUUUGUACAAUUGCUCUUUAUGGUCCGAGUGAAAAUUUAGUGAUCUAAACUUGUAGAAAUAUAAGUUAUCAAAAAAAGUUAAAAGGCUUUAAACGAAUGUGAGGAAGGGAGAAAGAAAGAAGGUCGAUGUACGAUCGACGUGAAGUAUAGAGUGAGAGGGCAACUGUGAAGUUGAUGAAACUGGAAAUACAUUGAUUGAGUGAUUUAUGAUUGUGAUCCGUGUUCUGUGUCCCGUGUUCUAUGUAUUCAGAUGGCGCGAUGGUAACUUGCUAUUCUACGGAUCCGACGGCCAGUCUCGAAAUCCGGUCAGGUUAAAAAAAUUAUACUUUCCUAAAUGUAAAAAAUAAAGUUUUAUGACAUUUUUACACUUUCCUAAAAAAUUGACGAUAAAGUCUAGACAAGGGGAAAAUUAUUAUUUUACGUUCCAAAUAACAGAAUGUUAAGUAUGAUCUUAAAUAAUACGAAUGUUUUAUAUAUUACCUUGAAGAGAAAACUUUUUUUUUAAUUUAAAAAAUACAAAAAUACAAAAACGUGUUCUUUUUUCAUUUUCUUUUUUGUUUUAAACUGUCCGUCAUGCUAAAGAGGACUAAAUUAAAAAUAAUCGUAACACUCGGAUAAAAAUCAAAUAGAAAAAUCUUUUUGUUUCUUGUUUUCUCGAGAAGCUAAUAUCAAAUUGAUGUGGACGUAUUUGUACGAAAGAAUUAUCUCUGUAUGUAAAUAUCCUAUUUCGAUUUGCAAAUUUUUGAUCGAUAUAUUAAAAAUUCGAUCGAAAGUCAAGGAACUGUAGUAUUCGUUACUUUUUUUCUUUUUCUUUUUUUUUUUUCUAUAGUCACGGAAGUUUUUCUUUUUUUUUUUUUUUUUUUUUUUUUUUUUUUUUUUUUGUUAUACUUUUAUCUAUCGAUCUUGAAAUACGAGGCCAUUUGUUAUCUGGCAAAACGUUCUACCGAUAGCUGCGCGGCCGUAGGCGAGAGCGACGAGCCGUAAACUCGUUUGUGACGACAUUGAGACGCGAACGGCUUGUUAUUUCGAAACUGGACGAAAAGAAGGGGAAAAACAUACUAACAGAAGUUCAUAUUCACAGUCUCGGUUCUACGCUUCGUCGUAUAAUAUAUAUUUGACGAUGAAAUAACAACCACUAUAAAAAAAUAGAAAUAUAUCGCGAUGAUGAUAUUGUAUUCGUGAAAUAAAAAUUUGUUGUGUUUCCUUUUUCUUUUGUUUUUUUCUUUUCGCACGUCAGUGUUUCUUUGUUCUAAUUUUAUUAAUUUUAGCGAUCACGCUACGUCGAAGAUUUGGUGUAGUCACGUACAAUAAUCGUAAAAAUAUAAACGACCAAGGAAAAUAAUAUUGACGACUGAGAAAAUUAAAGAAGAAAGAAAACAAGAAGAAACGAACAAAAAAGAAAAAGGAAAAAAAAAAAAAGAGGAAAAUGAAAUAAGAACGUGUGUGAACGAUUUUGUACAACGAUUAAAUUCGUAUUGCUAGGAUCGAUUAUGCGAUGUAUCGAGAUACGAUAAUUUCAAUGUUACAACGUUACCACUGAAUUAUUCAUCGAGAAAAUUAUAUAUUUCUUUGGAAAAUAAUAGUGAAUCGAUCGUCCGAUAUAUCGCGUACGUAAGAUUAACCGUUGAAAUAAUUAUCGAAAUAUAACGACGAUGUAAUCAUCGAGAAAUAUUCAAGCAGUUAGCGGAAAACGUAAUCUCGUUGAGUGUCGUUCAAUACCUACCUAUUAAAGAAAAUAAUAUUCCACUGAAGAUAUAUACUAAUGGAGGUGCGACGUGUUAAUCAAAAGUUAAGAUUUUAACUCAUUCGUUAAAGUGAUUUAUUUCACGAUUUUUAAAUUUAAGAAGGUGUAUCGACGGACAAGUUCGACGAGCAGUUUAUAUCCUGUUUGCUGCUCCUUGAAUUCAUUAGUUAAAAAGUUAUAUGUAUAUAUAUAUAUAUAUAUAUACUUAUGCAGUUAACACAUGUGUAUAUACAAACGAGUGUCAGUAGGUCCAAAUUAAACUCGGCAGAUAUUCCAGAAAGAUAAACGUUAUCAACGUUCGAUUCUCGCGGAAGGCACGUUUUAAACUGUGUAUAUACAUAUACGUGUGUGUAUGUAUAUGUAUAUAUGUAUGUGUGUCGAGUCGAGUAGAGUCGCCAUCGAAAAAGUUGGUAUAAUUUACGAGCGUACGAAAACUUAAACGAGUUCCAACGAGAAGGAGGCCGCAAUCACUUCCACAGUUGCCACUGCCACUAUCGUUUCUGUCCUUAAUUGCUUCAAGUAUUUUAUUUCAGUCUCUUAGUUUUAAAAACCGUACAAAUGAACGAAUUAUAUCUUCACAGUUAAAAAGAUAUAAAUACGAUUUUACGAUGGCGAAAGAAGGAUUGAAAGAAUAUAACAUGGAAUUUAUUAAAAAUGAUCUCUUACCGGAAAUGGUUCAUAAUCGAUGUUUUUGUGAAUCAGGUUCACGCGAAUUUGUCGAAUUCGAAUCGGCCAUCGUCGAAUCACUCGUAACGCCUGAUGAUUCGUUAAAACCAUGGGAAUUGUAUCGUGUUAAAGCUAUUGUAAGAUUUUCCGGUGAACCAAUGAGUUUUCCUUUGAUCGUGAAACUAUUACCGUUAUCCGUUCAGUCGGAAUACUCAUUUGCCCGUUUUCAAAACGAAGAAAUGUUUUACAGUAAAAUGAUUUCUUUGUAUGGCGAAGAUUUAUUUCCAAAGUGUUACGCUUCGGACAUGGGACGAUACGGAAUGCCGGUCAUCGUUCUCGAGGAUUUAACAGCGAAUGAAUACGAAACGAUUCAAGAAAAUAGAAGGAUGAAUGAAGAAGAAUUGAAGUUAUCUUUGAAAAGUCUUGGAAGGUUUCACGGGAUAGGUUUGAGAUUGAAAAAUGAAAAGUUCGAGCUUUAUCGAGAAUUUUACAUGAAACUAUCGAAUACUGUCGUUACGAACGAUGUAUCUGAAAAGUCCAUAAUGUUCUCCGAUGAAAAUUCGUUGGAAACUUCAUUAAUGGUAAAAGAAAUGAAGAAAUUAUGGUAUAGUAAUAUCGGAGAGAAUGUUAGUGAAACUUGUACGAACGUCGAUGAUAUCUCAUGCAUAUGUCAUGGUGAUUUUUCCAAGAGGAAGGUGUUGUUCAAACGCGAGAAGAACGGUACGCCGAUCGAUGUGAAAAUGAUCGACUGGCAAACAAUGAGAUAUUGCUCGCCUGCUAUCGAACUCGUUAUCAUUUUCAUCAUGAAUAUUCCGACGCCAUCUCGAGAUCAGCAUUUCCUUCAGGAAAUAUUGACGGUCUAUGUUGACGCCGUUAGAAGUGAAUAUACCACGAUAACGUGUGAACGAUUGAUUGAACAGUUAUCAUCAACAUCCUUAGACUAUUUUACUUUAUUACUUCAAAAGGAUAUCAUGAAUAAAGAAAUAGCUCAACAAUGGAUAGAAUUUAUUCAAUCUUUACGCGAUUUUUUACGUGAUUGAA